GGCGAUGAAUUUACAAUUCUUGCGCAUGCAGGGGAUGGUUGGUAUCUUGCAAAGGACAAAUAUGGGUAAGAAUAGAAAUUUUAAUUACUUUCUCUCAUCAUCGCAAGAUAAGUGUGAACUUUAAUUGAAGUUCUUGUUCUGCGAACUUUUUACGAACUAAUAUAUUUUAAAUUUUAAAUGACCUGUUCGCAGCGACUAAUUAAAAUUUUUAGUUUUAAAAAACAGUUGAAUCAAUGUAUGCACAGCGUAAACACGAAGCAAUAAUGAGCAUGUUUUGUGAUUGGCUUGCUUAAGCAAAAGUCAUCAGUGUUUGUGACUGGUUCUCUAGAAAAUGUAUUAUUUAGUUUCAUUGUAUUUCAUUGUUUUAGUCGACCAAUCAUGAAAGAUGCUCAUGUAGGUUUGUGGCGACCUUUGUGAUCUCGAAAACCCUUGGCCUAACCGGUCAUACGAACAUGAUGUGAUUGUUUCAAAAGAAUCAUAGUUGUAAUGCUUGUAGAACAAUAUAUCAAAGAGCGAACGAGCCUUCAAUACGAAAUUUAAAAUUAUAUACCUUGUACUUUUAUAGGUGGAUAGGUUAUAUUCCAGGAAAUUUUAUGCUCCAAAAAAAUGUCUUGGGAACCGAUGUGUAAGUUUAUAGCUUUAAUAUUUUUGCGCUUUGUAGAUAUGUGCAGCACAUAUACUGUAUGCGUUGUCCGAAUCAGGGUCGACGAGAGGUUGCGCGGGCCUGCAUGGUGGCAAACAUUGCCAGGGAGGCCAUACACCGUCAUAAUUGUGAAAGGGAGAGCGGUGUUUUCCAAUAUAUUUCACUUGAUUCAUUGCAUAUUAUCCAGCAGCUAGCAUUCAUUUUGUCAGUUAAGCAAUCUUGUAUCAAGAAAUUUAUUGCUUUCGCAACAACGACACAAUAUCCACUGACAAAAUGUUUACAUGAUACAUCAAUUAUAUCAUAGUUAAUAGAAUUUAUGGUUUGGACACUCAUUAGAAUAACAACGUAUAAAUAAUUAUUUAUGUUAGUCAGCGUUUAUUCAUAAAUCUGGUCGUUCGCCGUCACGUGCGUAUUGUAUUGUUGCCAAAUCCACCAAUAGCAAUUUCCAAUUUACCAUAUUGUUCGAGUCAGGUAACUUUCCUAAAACAUUGCUAUUUGUUAGUUGGGCAUGAAAAAAUACAAUACGCACGUGUCGGUGCAUGAACGACCAGAUUUCCGAGUAAACGUUGACUAACAUAGAUAAUGAGUUGUAUUGUUAUUCUAAGUUUCUAAACCAUCUAUUCUAUUAACUAUGAUUAUAUCAAAAUAUCAAGAUAACAUGUUAAAUUAUCAGCACUUUUCCUUGAGUAUGGAAUGAUGACUUUAAAUUUCUGAUAAAUUCGUCCUGGUUUGGCCUUUAUAUGAAAACCACAAUAGCCGGAACAUUUUAGCAGAACAAGUAUGGCAAACAUUUAGGAGUUGCCGCAUGUUACGAUCCCUGGAUUGUACUUGGAAUAGAGUGGAAAUUAGACAAUCUCUAUAAACUUGGAGUACGGGAGAAAAAUAGCCAACAAAGAUGGAGAGUUCAAUAAAAGCAAUCCCAAUUAAAGACGGGGAACAACACAAACAAAAAUGACAGUAGCAUGGGACACUUAUAUAUGAUACAUAGUCGAAUUGGAUAACUAAAACUGAGACGGUAUACGUAAAUUAGCGAAUUGCAAAUAAGCUCGCAACGCAGGGUCCUAUACACUUUAGUAUAUGGUAAAACACUAAUGCGCCUGAUAACUCUACUGCACAUACAAGUUGAUUAUAUCUAUAAGUUUCAUUUUUUAUAUACUGCAGAGAUCUCACUAGCCCGCGUGCAGGCCCAGUGAAGAAUAGUGUGACUGCAAGCAAGACCCGUUAUUUUGUAAAACGCCUCUUUUCAUAACACGCCUCUUACGCGCGUCAAUUGUCAAAAAAGAACCAAUGACAGCAACCCAAAUAUUAACAAACAAACUCGCGUUAAAAUGCUGCGGGGUUUUCUCUGCUUAUUCAGAAUAGAAACAAUGUGUAAAUGGCUGCGUUUUAACUCCAAAAAAGCAAGCAACGCAGUCAGUAAUUGCCCAACUUGCAGGUGCUUAUUUUCAACUAAAAUCGAAACAGUCAAAUUUGGACGAAUUUCAAAAGAAAACCAGUCUCAAACUUCAAAUCGUGAGGGAAGUCGUGCGUCCACAUUAGCAUUAAUGUGUGCUUCGCUGUCGCCAUUGUUAUAAAUAAAUUGUCUCACUUAUCAGAUCGUGUGUGCAAUUCUUGUUGGCGGCGGAAAGUACGAAAUUUCCGUUAUGUCAUUUGGUAAAGAACUCGACAAAAGAAAGCGUUCAGAGUCCAGAUCGUUUCGUUUCAAACGGCAAUUACUGCUUUCUGUUUCGCACUUUCAGCGAAGCCCUGGAAAUCGCAAAGUGUUUCGAAUAGGCUUACAUGCAACUGCCUCUAAAUCUUAACCGCGAAAAGCACUGUUUUCUUCAGUGCAAGAACAUCAACCAAAAGAUAAUUUUCUUGAGGGACAAAUAACGUGUCAAGUCUGUUUGAAAUUAAUGAAACUCGAGUAAAGGUUACUAGAGUUUACCCCAUGCAGUGGUAAUGUUGCUAUACCAACAAUUCACGGCAAUUACAUAACUGGAGGAACAUUCAAAGUGCAUAUUGCCUCCAAUUCUUCAGCGGAGUCCCAAACAAUGAUCUCACAGAGUCCAAAAAGCAAAAGGUUUCGUCGUCUUUUUCAAUUGGAAAGUAGCGACAUCAGUCAAGGUGACAGUCAGAACAAUUAGCUACGAAUCUAAGUAUGUUUGCUAUGACUUUAUGAAUUUGUAAUGAUUCUUUAUACUUCACAGUUUCAGUUCGUUUUUGAUCUACUGGUUUUAUAUACGUACAUUUCCGCACUUUGAUAUGCUUUUAGAGAGACAUUGACGGCAUUUUUAACUGAACAUUCUAAUUUGAAAUGUGUUAAGCACUAUUUACAUGUUUGGUUUGAAUUUCAGUAUAUGAAUGUCGUUUGUUUAUAAUAAUUAAAUUUGUUUAUAUAAUAAACACAAUAUUAUAUUGGUUGCUUGGAAAUAUGGAAUUUAUUUCUCGUGUUGAAGAGAAUAUUGCUCACUCAUGAACAAUAUUCUCUUCAAAACUCGAAAUAAAUUCCGAUCCAUAUUUCCGCGCAACCAUAUAAUAUUUUAUAUAAUAUAUAUAUAUAUAUAUAGUAUAUAUAUAUAUAUAUAUAUAUAUAUAUAUAUAUAUAUAUAUAUAUAUAUAUAUAUAUAUAUAUAUAUAUAUAUAUAUAUAUAUAUAUAUAUAUAUAAACUACACAUUAUGCCUAAGCCUUUAUGCGCACGCUCACUGCAUUUCACAGUUUAAAAACGGCGAUAAAGCACAUAAGUAAAGACAUUGUAGCGCCCUUCAAGGAAAGCUCAAACAACGGCAACUGUGGACAGCUGUUUCGCCCUUUUUGGGGCUCAUCAGCACAGUGCACCGAUGAUGAGCUUCCACAUACCAAGAAUAUAUAUACUAUAGAAGACAGUGUGGUAGAUGUGGGACACUACAGAACUUUAUAUACUACACAUUAUGCCUAAGCCUUUAUAAUAUAUAUAUAUAUAUAUAUAUAUAUAUAUAUAAUAUAUAUAUAUAUAUAUAUAUAUAUAUAUAUAUAUAUAUAUAUAUAUAUAUAUAUAUAUAUAUAUUAUAUAUAUAUAUAUAUAUAUAUAUAUAUAUAUAUAUAUAUAUAUAUAUAUUAACAGACAAAUUUUGCAUUGUAUUUCCGUAGGAUUUGUAAAUAUUGAGUUAAUUUAUCUAUUACAUGCAAAGGUUCUCUAAUCAAAAUCUUGUAACAGGAUAUGUGAGUUUCAGAAAAUGUCUGUUUCAGACAAAAAUUAUUCAAAAUGACUAUAUGCGGGCUCGUAUUGUCAGCGGACAUCUUACAGAAAGUGGCCAGUUCUUUGAAAAAUGCAAAAGUUUCAAUUUUUCACCGCAAGUCCGCGCAAAUGCGAGCCUGCAGUACUGGAAGAAAAUUUGCUGAAUAUGACCAGCGUGGGUAACGGUUUAUCAAAUAUUAAAUGGGCGGCAGUACAGUGACUAUAGUUAAAUAUAAAAACUUUAGUUUGCAUUAGCUUCUCCCGAGCGUGCGGAAACUGAAACAAAGUCGGGGUCGGGAUGUGUUUUGUCUGACUGAGCAUUGUUUUUUCUUAAAUUUUAAAAAAAAUUUUUACCGGCUUUUCUAACUUUCAAAAGGUUAAGGUUAGGUGUUAGGGUUAGAGAAGGGUUUGGGGAUCGUUUAUCUUAUAACAAUUCAACGUUGACUAUAGUCACAGUACUGCCGGCCAUUUAGUAUGUGAUAAACGGUGACCGGCUGUCUGUCAUAUAGUUGCUUCGAAAAUUAUUAUUCUAGAAUUAAAUGCCUUACCUACAAACAACAAAUUGCAAAAAAAUAUAAUUUAGGCAUAAUGGACAGGGUUUCCCUAAUGUUGGUACAGACUGCAUGUGUAGGGUAUUAGCGUACUGACUGAAUGGAAAAUUCAAUAUUUAACAUUGCAAUUAAAUCUGUUUUGUUCACAAACUAUUCAAUAUGUCUAAGUCUCACAAACUAUUCUCACAAACUAUUCAAUAUGCCUGACUGAAAAGUUUGCAUAGUGUGCAGCUGAUGUUUUAAAAAAAUAUAUAAAAUAGUAUCAUGCUGCACACUACAAAUUUUCCAGAUUGGGGCUAAUAUGAGACUUCUAUAGUCUUCUCUCUCACACUCUAUUGAAUGACCACAUAUCAAAGACGAAUCAUGCUUAAUAUUUUGCUUUAUAUACAUAUUAUUUACACAUAAAUAUAAUAUUCAACACAUGUUGACACCAACAAGUCAAUGUUUGUAUCAGUGUUCGUUAACUUAACACUUCUUGAUCUUUUCAGUCAACCUAACCUGAAGUUCAGGCCCUAAUCACAGAAUAGGGCCUGACACAAAACCUAUCUAAAUUGUGGGAUUCCCGUCAAUCUGGUGGACGAGAAAUCUGAUUGGUUCAGCAUCAUGAUGGAUUUUGAUUGGUUGCAAGUUCACAUAAACAACAGUUUUAAAAAUAGCUCGGUCAAGGGCUCAAGGCGACAAUUAAUGUAAAGGUCAAACGCACGUAACAAAUUCCAUUAUCGAUUUCUUCGAAUUUCUUUUCUUUUAUGCUUUAUGGCAGAAAAUAAAUCAAACAAACAGUAUUUUGAAAGGGCUUCAUCAAAAUCUUUGACGAAUUUUGGACACACGACGCUGAAAGAACAGCCAAACUAGUCAUGUAUUCGAAAGUUUGUUGUUGACAGCCGAGAUGUUCUGCCAACUGGCUUCGCCGGCAAAAGUCUUAUUUUUAAUAUCAGGUCCUACCGGCGUUGUUUUCUGAGCUACAUCGCCUUCUUCGUGGUACGAUUAAGAAUUUCAUUGUUGCUGUUGUUAGCCCGUUAGUUGUUAUAGUAUAACCGCGUCCAGCAAGUUGAGACCUUGAGAAAGCUUGGCAGUCAAGGCCAGUCAAGUCGUGCACAGAACUGACUAAUUAAAUCUUUGUUUGCUGUUCGGUCAAAAUAGAGAAACUGACUCUUAAUUAUAUAAAAGUACCUUAAAUUUUUAAGUUUAAUUAAAAAGCAAAAUGCACACUCUGCGGACAUGUUCAUGAGAAUAUAAUUUUUUUGUGUAACGAAAUCUACAACACUUGUCAAUCAUAAUGCAUGUUGUGUCUAAAAAUAACAUGUGGGCGUCCCACGGUCUAGACAGGUUUUGAGUCAGGCCCUAUUUCAAAUUAGGGCCUGAACUUCAGGUUACAGUCAACCUAUUACUCUAAUCAGUGAUUUAUUAUCAUUGAAUAAAUAGACCUUAUUUAGAGCCUCCCCCAAGUUUACUUUAUGCAUACCUCUAUUUAAUCACAAAGUUAAUCCCCAAAGGUGGCCACUUAAUUGAGGUUCGAUUUUACUAGUUAAUUUUGUUAACCUUUAACCCAUUAAGCGCCAGCGUUUUCCCCUGCCGAGUAAUAUCGUCUGGCGUUAAACUGAGCGAAACAAUGAAGAAGGGCGCAUCAGGGCACAAUGUGACUCAAAGAGUUAAAUAGGCCUGCUAUAAUGUUGUCAGUAUGAUGUAAAAUAGUAUUAGUAUAUAACACAACAGGGAGUUGCACAUUUGCAUGAUAACACUCAUUAUUAUACAUUGUAGUUGGUAAAAGCAAUUUGAUUGGCUAAGAGCUUACAGUUAAAUCGCGCAAUCACGCAACCUACACAAAAUUCAGUCACAGAAUAAAGAUCAAUACUGGCCACUUACGUCGGAAGCUUUGAAGUUUAUGUCCUCGCGCAUGUCGCAUGACGCAUGUUGGCCACCAUUUUCCUAGCCAGUGAAUAACAUUUUCUGGCCAAUAAAUACGCUGUACUGGCUGGUUGCUCCACCUUCUGGCCAGUAAACUGCAUAUUUUUUGCAUAAGUAACGACGACACGUUGCACCACUAAGUGACCCUUCUGUUACUGAUUUUUAUUCUGUGAUUCAGUUAUAUGCUAGCAGAUAACUGAGUUAUCUGCAAAUCAACCCGCGAUGAUUAGAAGCGGUAUCUAUUUAACACAAACAAUUACAAAAAAAAGGAAAACUAGCAAAGCAAACUUCGGACAAACGUAGAAAAAAUGUGAAUACGGACAGGUUUUCAUAAAUAAAGUUUUUCAUGCAUGCGUUAAUACUAUGUUUAUUAUUCUUCAAAUGUACGAUAAACCAAUUAUUGAAUUUGGUUUUUGCGAUAUGCAAAAUUACCCAGGUUUUGGGUAAGCGUUAUCAGUCUCGUCUUCGGCGCGGCUCGGCUGAUAACGCUUACUUCGACCUUGAUAAUUCCGCAUAUCACAAAACCUCAUCCAAUAGUUGUAAAUUGUAGGUUAAAGUCAUAUUACCAAGUGUGAGUUACACAGAUUUAUACAUCAAAUUAAGCUUUUUCAAUAGUUAUGUCAUGUACAUCGGUUUAGCCUGGGAACUUUGCUUUCAUGAAUCAAGACAAAAUGUGAUUGGAUCACUAUUCAUGGGAAUUUGUUGUUUGUGCAGUAAGUGAGGUAUUUAAUUCUAGAAUAAUUUUUGUCUGAAACUCACAUUUUCUGAAACUCACAUUUCCUGUAUCCAAGAUUUUUAUUAGAGAGUCUUUGGAAUGGAUGAAUUAACUCGAUAUUUACAAAUCCUAUGGAAUAAAAUUCAUGAAUGUAAAUUUUGUAAACAAAACUAACUUACCUAGUUGCCUAUUAAUGACGGUAAUAGAUUUUAAAAUUUUUAUUGAUCUGCUGUUUAUCUCCAGUGCGGCAUAGUUGGAUGCUAAAUAUAUAUUUAAUUCAAUAGUUGUAUUGAUGUCCCACAGCAGGGCCGUAUGCGUUUAUUUUGAAAAUACAAGCUGAUCUCGUGCAUCUCUACGAACUAAAACUUAGGAUAUUCUGGAUAGAUCUAGCUACAAAACCAAUGGCAAUGAAAGCUCUUUAUAAUAUUUAUAAUUUUUAUAAUGUGUAUGGUGCAUGUAUAUUACUGUAAUAAAUAUGAAAUAAUUGUUAUAUACGCAUAUUAUACAAUACCAUUAAUAAAUAUAAUAUUCAAGUUGUACCGCACGCACAGACGAGUCUUUGACAUUGCCUACAUCGAAUGAUAUACGUUUGAUAACAGAAAUCUUCAACAUAAUUCUUGAUCAUGGAGUCUUAGCGAUGCCAAAACGGCAUAUAUCACAGUCUUUAUUAAUUAACGGCCUCUAACAGUCCGGAGAGCAUGUUUAGAAUUUACACACAGUUGGCAAGAUUACAGGAUCUCGUUAUUUUAUAGCAAUUCCACAUCUCUAUACGUAAGGUAAAUCCGUUGGGUUUACGUAUCAGACAGGAUGCACUUUAACACUGACAACAGUCACGGCCACAUUGUUUGCUCGAUCGAUCGGUCAGUCUAGAUGAUUUUUACUCUUAUAUAGCCUAUUGUGUUUUUACAGUGAACCGUGCUUUCCUUGCCAAAAGCCUUGUAUCGACUGAAAUAUGAUCCAACUUCUCGCUUGACAAAUGUAACACAACACUCAAUAAUGUAAAGGAAGUCGUGUCAUAAUAAAUACGAAAUCAUUCAGGAUUUCUUGUUGCAAAUUUAAAUUUUAUUGUCCGAAACUAUAAUAUACACAACUAUACACAAGUUGUAAUUUCCAAACGCGCGCCCCUGCCACCCUACACUAAUGACAUUUUUAAUUUACCACGCGUGAGACAUGACCACCCCCAAAUCCGCGUGAGACGUGGCCAGCCCCAGCCAGAGUCUUUCCUAAACAAGAGGGAAGAGCCUGGGAACGAGGUUGAUAGCAAACCUCGGCUCGACUGAUAACACUUACCUCUAUAAUUUUGGAUCUCACAAAACCUUCAUCCAUUAACUGCUUAAUAGCAAGCAUUCCUAUUAUUCUAUUUUCUAACUAUGUCGUGAUUCAAAGUGGUUUCAUUGUGUUUCAAACCUACAUGUUCCACGACAAAGUGGCCGAGACUAAAAUUGUGCGUCUUUGUUUUACAUUUUUUUACUUUAAUUGUAUAGAGGCAUUAGCGUCACAAUUAAAUUAGCGUCACUGAAAAACUAUCGUUGGUAUAAUUGAAAUUUGUGAUGCAUAUUUCAACGUUUAUAAUUCUUGAAUAUAAUAUAAUGCCAUAAAAAUGACUAACAAUAUCCCAUCGAAGGUUUCAUUAUUUUUUUAUUACACCCCUUAAGGUGGCGUUGGUUCAUUUAUAUUUUUAUAUUUAACUAAGCUAACCGCUUAGUGUUUUGGAUUUAUAGUGAUACCAUAAUUUUAAAUUAACCGUUCCAAUGUUGCGUCACAAUCAGCGCACUGAAAAUGUGCUCAUGAGUUUCCUAUCCAGUCUGUUUGCUAUGAUCUUACGGUGCAUGGCUGUAAGGAAUCGGAUAUUAAUCGUAUUUAAAUUGAUGCUUGUUUUUAUUUGCUUAAUUAAGUGCACUUAAGAGAAUGUGAUUGGAGGUUGAGACUGCCAAUGAAAACUAGUGAAAAAACUAAGAUUACAUUAUUUCAGGGUCAAACUAUAAUUGUUUCCUGACUGAAGAAAAUUUGGAAAAUGUCUGUUAUGGAAUCGUGUUGUGAAUUGAAUAACCUCGUCUUUUCCAGCAGUGUGAAAGAUGAAAGUGAAAUUCCUUCAAUUUUACAAUAUGAGAAUCCAAAAAGUGAGACUGUAAAAGCAAGCGAGAGAGAAUGCGAUGGUACUAUUAAACGACAGACGGUGGCCUUAAAUGAACGAACGAACGAUUUUAAGGAACUUCAACAAGAAAGAGAA